CAUGAAAAGUGAAGGGCUUAAAGCAAGUCAAGAAUGGUGGCUAUGAUGAACUUGUAUUUCUGAAUGAAUGCAAUAUCCUUAAUUGUUUGGUUGAGUUGAGUAAGAUCAUGGAGGAUAUUCAGAACAAAAUUCAGAGUUGGCUGCAGCAGCCAAAGAUACGAAGAUUCGUGUGUGUUGUUGUUUCAUUUGUUGUUGGAACACUGUUUUGUUACGGUCGCAGCUACACUUCCUCUUUCGAUUAUUUAUUCAGUGAGUGGAAGAUAUUGCUUUACAUUGUUCUCAUCUGUUUGGCCAAGGAAAUUGAGAGCUUCACCUCUCCUUAUGUGCCCUUCUUCGUUGUGUUGGCUUCUUCUCUAUACUCUUAUUUCUACGACAACCAAGUAUUGAGUGAAGAGUGGAAAGUUGAAGAUCCUUUGGAUUGGAAAUCUAAGAAGCUAAGGAGCAGAGAAGAGUGAAUGCGCCGGGCGCCACAUGACCCGCGCCGGGCGUGAUCAAAACAGAGUCUCACCUCUGCAAAGCCACAUCUGCGCCGGGCGUAAAAUUAAUUGCGCCGGGCGUGUCCUAAGGCAGAGAGUAUUUGGAAGACCCCGCGCCGGGCGCGAAACCCUAAUAUGAUCUCCCUAAGCUCGUAUUUGAAGCCAUUUUCGAGGGUUUCUCCCUCAUUCACGCAGGGGCGCCUCUAGGAGCUGUGGAAGGGAUUCCCAGGGCUUGGGACCGUUCGUGUGUGGAUCUUUCCUUCGGUUCUUCAUUUCCUCUUCCAUCUCUAUUUUGUAUUUACCCUCAUUGUUGAG